AAUCAAAAGUAGAACAGAUUCCCUGUAACGAAUUUUACAUGUUAUUCGCACGUCAAAAUAUUAUUGAAGAUAAAUCAAUCGAUAAUCAUUUCAAAUCUAAUAGUAAUAAAUCUGCAACCCCAAAUAAUACCUAUAUGAAUUAUCAUAAAGGAUAUAGGUUAAUAGAAGGUUUGGUUGAAAAUAUGAUUUUAAUACUUUAUCACACACCAAGAGAUUCACCAACUACACCACCAGAGAAUUGUACUCGGGACGUUUACCAUCUUUACAAAGAUUGGCCAGGUUUAGACGAGAUCAAUAAAAAAGACCCUAUGCUUUCAUAUGAUCCCUUAGAUCCAAUGCAAGUUCAAGUUGUUUAUAAAGACUUGAAAGAUGUAGUCGAUAACUUGGUACAAUCAAUCCAUGAAAAUAAUGAAGAAACAAACCAUCUGGAAACAAAAUUAGUAUAUUAUUUAGAAAGAUAUAAUCAAAUUUUGAAUCCGUAUGAUCAUAAAACCGCUGAACCACUUUAUAACUGUAGCUCACUUAGUUGUGAUGAAUAUAAGGCAAUUUUAAGGGAUGUCAAAGAAGCUAUUGACAAAUUGCAUGAGGAAAGUAUUGUUUUUGCUGACCUCCGUGAUUCCAACAUUCUAGUUGACAAAUCUCAAGGCCGAUAUAAAGAAAUGUUAAUAGAUUUCUAUUGGGCCAGUAAAGAUGAAAUCGAGUGCUAUCCAUCUUUUAUGAAUCAAAAACAUAUUAAUUGGCCACCAGGGGCUGAGGAUAGGAAGAAGCUGAGUCGAAAACAUGAUGUUUAUCAGUUAGAGCUGUUGAAAGCUAAAUGCUUGGGUAAGAGUGUAGAUCUAGAAUAA